CGGGAUGCGACCAUUGUAUACAUGUGAAAGCAAUGGACCGGAUAACAUAGUGAAGGGACCAGCUGUAUUUGGAUUAGUUUGAUCAAUAUGAAUUUGUUCCUAUUGAGGUCACGUGAGAUGUUCAGGUUUGCUGGCAGUUUGGGCAGAUUGGCGUCACCCUCCCCGAACAGGACCACCCUCAUGAUUCACAAAUCCACAAACCGGUGUUUAUGGUCACGGAGAUCAUUCCAAGGCUCUACGUUUAACGGCAUUAGAUCUUUCUUUCAACAAGAAACGCGUAUGCUGGAGUGUAAUGACCAGACACAGGAUCUCAACCUGCGAGUUCCUGACUUAGCAGCUCCGAAAAACCACUUGGAUCCGAGAGCAACUUUUAACCAGGAGCUCAAGGAGUGCCAGUCACCUUCGGACGUGUUGGAUUUGGUGGAUCGGUGCAAUCUGGCACACUGGUGCAUCAGCAACAGCUUGACCCGGAUGUGGCACACUACCAAGAAGAUGGCGGAUGAGCAAAGGCACUGGGAGCUCCGGCUCAUGACAGAGCACCCGACUUUCGAAAAGCUGUGCCACAGUGCCAGGGUGAACGCACCACGCAUGAACAGCCACAACCUGGCGUUCACUCUGCUGGCCUUGGUCAAGCUCAGGGUCUCUCAGAGCAGCUAUGUGGUGCAGACUUUACUCCGUGUCAUCCAGGAACGGCUGAACGAGUUUGAAAACGAGAAGGCGCUCUCGGUCCUGUCCUCCUGCCUCGCUGAGAUGGAAAGCAGCAAAAACGCAGACGCUCUUAAACAGGGAUUAAAAUUUAUCCUGGAGGAACGGAUUCCUGGCAUCCAGAGUGUGAUGCUUCUACACACCACCAUGCGCCUGUUCGGGAAAGACACCUCGCCGGCCAUAAAGCAGAAGCUGGAGAGGAAGGCGCUGACGUUGGUGGAUCAGUUCUCGCUGACGAACAUGCAGUACAUGUUGGACACGCUGGCCAUCAUCCGCCUGAAUUCCAAGCCCCUGCUGGACAUAUGUGGAAAGAAGCUAGCUGAGAACGUGCACAGCAUUUCCUUCACCAGGCUGAUGGCGAUGCUGAAGUCAUGCAGCGAGCUCCGCCACAGGAACCUGCAUCUCUUUACGUCCAUCUCCGAAUACAUGGCAAGCACAAUUCCCAUGUGGAGCAACAAACAGGUGCUGCUGUUACUGUUGGAGUUUAAGAGACUUCGGUUUCGUCCUGUCGCGCUGAUGGACGCGUUUGCUGAAAGAAUCAUCCAGAAACCAGACAGCCUCACGCUCCGGGACCUGCAGGGCAUUCUGAAGUCUUAUUCCUUCCUCAACCACCAUCUGAAGGAAAACCAGCAUGCAUUUCUAGAGAGCGUGACGCACGUCCUGCACUCCUACCUGCCCAAGAUGUCCAACACUGACCUUCUGAAAGCCAUCAGCUGCCUUUGUGUGAUUGGACACUUCCCUCAGGCUCCUCUGGAGAAACUGCUCCGAAACGAGGUUCUGGAUGAACUGCUAAAGGAAGUAGAAAGUCCAUUUUCGGUGCGACAGGAACGACUGCUGCGGACGUUAGAUCUGUGUUUACAGCUGGACCAACACGCUCUCCAUCUCCCUGUCUCGUCCAUCCCAAACCUCCGCCACCUCCCUCCACAGAGUCGACCCGGGAACCCUGCGAUACUCAGCACUCUGAAGGACCUGCUCGGGGAAGACGCGGUGACCGACUCGGUCGUUGCAGAAGGACACUAUUUCAUCGACUGCGUGGCCACGCUGCCUCCGACAACAAAAGAGGAUCAAACAGUGAGAAUUGCGCUGCUGUUUGCCUCCCCGACGUCCUUCUGCUUCGGUACGACUCACCCUAUCGGCGCCGUGGCACUAAACAUCCGCCACCUCAAGCUCCUGGGUUAUGAACCCGUCCUGGUGCCGGUGCAGGAGCUCAUCUCUCAGACCGCCGAGGAGAGGACGGACCUGCUGAAGAAAUUAAUUUUCCCACAGCAAGAAUAUUCAGAAUGUGUUCAGGACUCUGAAGUGAAAUAAUUGUUGUUUAUUCUAAAGUUUUUCCUGAGUCUCUGCUCUGAAGUUGUAUGUAUUUUUAUGUGUGUUUAUUUUUUAGAUAUUUUUCACUGAUUAAUUUUCACAUGUCUGCAUAUUCUUCACUUGCUCCCACUCAUGUUGACUCAAGUUGCCAUGUUGAAUUAAUUCUGGCUCAGAACUGCCCUUUUAAAGGGUGAGACGCAUCGACUGACUCUCCUGAGGAUGUCUGUAUGUAUCAACGUUUAACUUGUAGAUAUAAAACUUUACUGUCA